AUGGCUUCGUACGACAACUACGAUGAUGGUCGCAGCGACUACUCGUCAACACGCUAUUACGACGACCGUCGCCACACCCGUGACGCCCGUGACUCGCGUGACUCGCGCCAUGCCGACUCCCGUGACGUCGUCACCAAGUCGCAUCACACCACAUCGCGCGACUUGAUCCCCCGCUCGCGCGAGGACAGUGACCUCUCCGUCGAGGAGAUCCGCCGCGAAUUCCCACCGCCGACGUACUCGAGAGACGUCUACCGUGACUAUGUCGACGACCGCCGUUACGGCAGAGAUCGUGGUGGCUAUGACCGGGACAGGGACUACGACCGCGACUACGACCGCGACUAUGAUCGCCGCGAUAGCAGAAAGUCGCGGGGCUACAACGACGACGAAAAGAGGCGCCGUCGCGUUCUGAGUAACCAAGAGAAGAUCAUCGCCGCCGUGGUCGGUGGUGCGCUCGCCGUGGGCGGCAAGGAGCUCUUUGACCGCCGCGAGGCCAAGCAGGAGGGCCACGGCGUCCAGCGCAACGCCCUGAGCUCGGCCGCUCUCGGUGCAGCCGGCGCCUUUGCCGCCUACCAGGGUGCCGACUUUUACAACAAGCAUGCCGAAAAGAGUGACAAGAAGGCUCUCGUUCAUAAAGGUCGUGGUGGAUACAGCGACGACGAGAGCGACGAGGGCGAGAAGAAGGGCCACAAGAACUUCCUCGAGAGUGCCUUGGCCGCUGCUGGUCUGGGUGGCGCUGUGACCGCCCUCACGGGUGGUGGCCACGGCGACAAGGACAAGCGCUCCGACGCACGCAGCAACGACAGCCGCUCGCGCGCCGGUUCGCCAUCGGGCGGCGGCAAGGGCAAAGUGGCUAACAAGGUGCAGAAGGCUGCCAUGGCAUCUCUGAUUGCUGGCGCUACGGAAGCCUUCCGCGUCGCCAAAGAGCCCGGUGGCUGGAAGGGCGAGAAGGCUAAGCGUAUCCUGACUGUCGCUGCCGGUGCGGCCACUGUUGAUGCUGCCCAGGACGAGAAACACGGAAAGCUUGGUAUUGCCGAGUCAGUCAUUGGCGGCCUCCUUGGCAACCGUCUUGUUAAUGGUUCCCGGCACAACAUUGAAGAGGACAAGCGCACAGGACGCAGUCGGUCCCGCUCUCGGGCCCGCUCAGAUGGCGGCGGCGGAGGUGGCGGCGUGAGCGGCCUGGCUGCCCUGGCGACCGCCGGCCUGGGUGCCUUUGGAGCUAAGAAACUCUAUGACCAACACGAGGAGCGGUCGCGCCAGCGCAGCGUUGACUCGCGAGACGGCUCCCGUGACCGAUCGCGCCGAAGCCGAAGCCGUAGCGUGGUGGACACGGCUCGCCGUGGCCUUGCUAAGCUCGGUAUUGGCAACGAGCCUGACGACUCCGACCGCGACCGUGACGCUUCACCCCGUCGCAAGUCGGGAUCAUCACGCUACAACAACCGCCGCCGCGACGAUUCGGCCGACAGCUACGAUGACUAUCCCUCCGAUCGCCGCCGCCGAGGCGGCGGAGGACAUGAUGACCGUGACCGUGACCGCGACCGCGAUCGCGGCAGCGUCCGAGACUAUGAUGAUAGCGGUCGCUCCUCGACCCGGCGCCGUGGCGGCUCUGGGUCGCGUCGCAACCGGAGUGGCUCCGACCCCGAGUCUGACCUCGGCAGCUCGUCUGGGGAUGAGAAGAAAGCAAAGAAGAUGAAAGGUAAGCAAGUUCUGACAACCGGCUUAGCCGCUGUUGCCACCAUCCACGCGGCCCACAAUGUGUAUCAGAGCAUGGAGAAGCGGCGCUCGCGGCAAAAGGCCGUGCGUGAAGGCCGCCUGUCGCCCGAAGAGGCAAAGAAGUUGAAGCAAAAAGCCCUACUGCAGGAUGCCGCAUCUGUGGGCAUUGCUGCUCUGGGUAUCAAGGGUGCCAUCUCAGAGAUGAAGGAGGUCCGCGAAGUGAACCAUGAGAUGAAAGAAUGGCGCGAGGAGAAGACACGGCGACACGAGCGCCGCCUCGAACGGCAACUCAAGUCGCGGAAUAACAGCCGCGAAGACGACGAUGGUAGAAACGGCACUUUGUCAAGGCGACCGAGUGACUAUGACGACGGGCCUCACUACAACGAUGACAACCCAUAUGCCGCUCUACCCGCGCCAAGGGCGUACGAUAGGGAUAGCAGGGACGACAAAUACAGGGACUAUCGGGACUGA